AUGGAGGGAGGGUACGAUAGACUGAGACAGAAAUCGUCUGGGAUCAGUUAUAUGGAGGGAGGGUAUCAAGAGACUGAGGACCGAAAUGUAUGGAUCAGUAUAUGUGAGGGAGGGUAUCGACUAGACUGAGGACAGACUGUAGGCAGUAUAUGAGAGUAACGAAAUAGACGGGACAAGAACUGUCUGGUCAGUAUAUGAGGGAGGGAUCAACUAGACUGGACAGAACGUCUGAUCAGUAUGGGACUAGGUGUGUAUCGACUAUUACAGCUCCCUGAGGGACGCCCUGGACAACACAGCAGAGGUCCCCGAUGCUGCUCGCCUGAUGGGGUGAGGUGGGUGGCUGCCAGGGCUCCCAAGCCCCACUUCAGCAGGUCCCUGUGGCCAUGUUGACCCUUUUCCAUGUCCUCACGGUAAGGCCAAUGAAGCUUUGGCAAAAGACCCCCAGGAGGUGCUAUGCUACAGGCGGAUGAGGUCCUACAUCGACAGUUUCUUAUGGCUUGUCAGGACAUGUGCCACCACUUUGCGAACAGGGCCAAGGAGAGCAGGCCAUUGUGGGGAAAACUGGAAAACGGUCCAACCGCCAUGCUGUGGCUAGGUCCCGCCAUAACCACGUCAACAACCAGGACUGGCAGUGCUCUGAGUGAGGAUUCCCCCACUUCCCUAAGAUCCAGUGCGUCCCCAGAGCUGUGUCCCAGCUGCCAUGGGCGUUAAGAAGAGUGGAGAACACACCUGGAACCAGGAAGGAGUGUCACCUUCGCCGCUCCCACUUCUCCUCUGAACACCUCCGUUCUGAAUACCUGGAGGAGGAGCCCAGCUCAUACGCAGGCAGAAGGAGAGCUUGGUCGCCAGGCAGCAGGAGAAGGACCAGGAGGCUAAGAGUAGGAGCAGAGAGGAGGGCCAGUGAGGCCUUGGCUGAACCACCUCCAGGCCAGGAGGAGGAGGAGGAGGAAGAAGAGGCAUGAGGAAGGAAGGGGAUCAAGAAGAGCCAGCCAAAGCAGAAGAGCGAGGGUAGAGCAGAGGGCAAGAGGAGAGGGGCAGCAGGGGGUGUUGCUAAACCUCUGAACCCCCCCUGCGGUAAAGCCUGGAGGCAGAGGUCACGCCAGGCCCAGCGCAGGCCCGGCAUCGUGGGGGUUGAAAGCUCAGGCCCCCCCAGGAGGAGAUUGGGGACCUGGACUCCUUCGUCAACCAGCACUACAAGGCUAAGGCCCUCCGCGCUGGCAGCCGCAGGUCCUCCCGGUCAAACGCAGGACCCGCCAGAGGAAGGAAAGGAGCCGCAGCCUGGAGCCAGUCUGGGAAACUGGGCCAGGGCUGGGGCUGGGGCGCAGCCGUAGAGCCGGAGACUUGUUGGGGCCAGCGAAACACUCUGGGAAGAGGAUCCUGACGGGCACGUUACUGGGUCAGAGGAGGAGGGGGCUCUGGAGAUGUAAGCUCAUCGAACAAGAGGCGCUGGAUGUCAUUUCAGGGUGGGCGGCUCAGACUGGAUAUCAGCCUGUGUGUGCUCUCUAUCCUGUAGCCAGUGUCUGCUGGCCAUGGAUCUCUUCUUCAAGAAACGCCUGCGGCUGCGCCGGGCCAAGGUUGGCUCUGCCCUGAGUCAAAACUCUGCCUUGCUGUGCUACGGUAGAUUUACCCAUUGCAUGUGGACAGUGAUGCUGUGGUCAGUUCUUUUAAAACCCUCAAGUGAAGGAACACGUUAGUGUGUCCGCAUCAAUGGAUUGCUUUGUGGGGCUUGCUUCAAGGGAUAAUAAUUUAUGACGACGUAUGCUGUUUUGUGUGCCUUUUGACCAACUUGUGAAGGAUAUUUAAAACUCUAGGAAAUUAAUGGGAUUUUGAUAUAUUUGAGUGAAUUCAGUGGAAACAACAAAAGGGUUGUUUUUGGAUAUUUAUUGUAAAUUUUUAGGAGUGUUAUAUUGCCAUAUUAUAAAUUCUUGAUGUGAAAAGGAAUUCACUAAUAGUUUCAUGAUAAAGGAGUCAGUAAUUAAUAUAAAAGACCCAGCUCAUACUGUUCUGCCAGCCCUUCCAAAGAGUCAGUAAGCUGUGUACUCUAACAACUAGAGAACCAUUGUAUCUUAGAAUGAAAUCAACCUUUAUUUGAAAAUGUGAUUUCUACAAGCGAAAUGUGCCUUGAAUGAAAUUUGGAUAUAAACAGUGCCGACCGAUGAUUUAUUCCAUAUUAAUUUUGCAUAAGCAAGCGGGAUGUUUCCAAAUAAACAAAGAGGCAUAUGCUCCUGUAAGUCGCUCUGGAUAAGAGCGCUGCUAAUGACAAAAUGUACAUGUAAUGUAAAUGACUUAGACUGAGACAGAACUGUCUGGAUUCAGGAUAUGGAGGGAGGGUAUCAAAACUAGACUGAGACAGAACGGUCGGAUCAGUAUUGAGAGUAACGACCUAGACGGAACAGAACGGUCUUGCGAAUGCAGUAUAUGGAGAGUAACGACUAGACCUCUAGACUGGGGACGAACUGUCUGGAUCAGCAGUUAUAUGGAGAGUAACGACUAGACUAGACUGGGACAGAAUGUCUGAUCAGUAUAUGGAGAGUAGUGUAAGACUAGACUGAGACAAGAACUGCAUUGGCAUCAGUAUAUGGAGAGUAACGCUAGAUGGGACAGAAACUGUCGGUGAUCAGAUAUGGAGAGUAAGACACUGACUGAGACAGAACUGCCUGGAUCAGUAUAUGGAGAGUAAGAAGAGUAAACGACUAGACUGAGACAGAACUGUCUGGAUCAGUAUAUGGAGACGAGGGUAUCGACUAGACUGGGACAGAACGGCCUGGAUAGUAUUGGAGGGGAGGGUAUCGACUAGGACUGAGACAGAAAUGCCUGAUCAGUAUAUGGGAGAGAAGGGUAUCAACAUACUGGGGACAGAACGUCUGGAUCAGUAUAUGGAGGGAGGGAUCGACUAGAUGAGACAGAACUGUCUGGAUCAGUAUAUGGAGGGAGGCGGUAUCGACUAGACUGGGACAGAACUGCGGAUCAGUAUCUGGAGGGAGGGGUAUGGAUCAACGAGACGAGACGAACUGUCGGGAUACGUAUGGGAUGAGGUUAUUUGUAUCGACUAGACUGGACAGACUGUAUGGAUCAGAUGGGAUGAGGUGUUGUAUCAAAACUAGACUGAGACAGAACUGUCUGGCAUCAGUAGAUGGAGAGUAACGACCUUAGCGACUGGGGACAGAACUGUCUGGACAGAUAUGGGAGUAACGACUACUAGACUGGGACAGAACUUCGGGAUCAGUAUACUGGAGGAGGGCAUCAACUAGGAGGAGACAGAACUGUCUGGAUCAGUAUAUGGAGCGUAACGACUUGGACUGAGACAGAACUGUCUGGAUCAGAUCUGGAGAGUAAAAGACUGACUGGGACAGAAAUGUCUGGAUCAGUUAUGGAGAGUAACGACUCGACUGGGACAGGAACUUCUGGCUCAGUAUAUGGAGAGUAACGAUAGAAUGGGACAGAACUGCGGGAUCAGUAUAUGGAGGAGGGUAUCAACAGAUGAGCAGAACGCCUGGCUCCAGUAUAUGGAGAUUAACGACGAGGACUGGGACAGAAAUGUCUGGAUCAGUAUAUGGAGAGUAACGAACUAGACUGGGAACAGAACUGUCUGGAUCCGUAUAUGGAGAAGUAACGACUAGACUGAGACAGACGGCCUGGAUCAGUAUAUGGAGGGAGGGUAUCGACUAGACGGGACAGAAGAAACUGUAUGGAUAGCUAAUGGAGGGGGGUAUCAAACUAGACUGAGGGGACAGAACUGUCUGGAUCAGUAUAUGGAGGGAGGGUAUCGACUAGACUGAGACAAAGAACUGUCUGGAUCAGUAUAUGGAGAGUCACGAGAGACUGGACAGAACUGUCUGGAUCAGUAUAUUAUGGAGGGAGGAGGGGGGUAUCAAACUAGACUGAGACAGAACUGUCUGGAUCAGUAUGGGAGAUGAGGUUUUGUUUGUAUAGAAUAGACGGAACAGAACUGUAUGAUCAGUAUAUGGAGGAGGGUAUCAACUAGACUGAGACAGAACUGUCUGGAUCAGUAUAUGGAGGGAACGACUAGACUGGACAGAACUGUCUGGAUCAGUUAUAUGGAGAGUAAACGACUAGACUGAGACAGAACUGUCUGGAUCAGUAUAGGGAGGAGUAACGACUAGACUGGGACCGACAGAACUGUCUGGAUCAGUAUAUGGAAGAGAGUAAACGACUAACUUAGACUGAGAAGAACUGCCUGGAUCAGUCUAUGGAGGGAGGGGGUUAUAGAAUAGACUGAGACAGAAAUGCUGACUCAGUAUAUGGAGGGAGGGUAUCACGUAGACUGAGACAGAACUGUUGGAUUUCAGUAUAUGGAGGGAGGGAUCGACAGACUGAGACAGAAGUCUGGAUCAGUAUAUGGGAGUGAACGACUAGGAUGGACAGAAACUGUUUGAUCAGGAUAUGGCGGGAGGGUAUCAAUAGGAAUGAGAAGAACUGUCUGGAUCAGUAGGGAUAGGUGGUAUGACAUUAAAGUCCCUGAGGGACUACUGGACAACACAGCAGAGGUUCCCGAUGCUGCUCUGGCUGAUGGGGUGCGGGGGGUGGGCGGCCAGGGCUCAAAGCCCCACUUCAGAAGGUACCCCUGUGGCAUGUGGACCCAUUCCAAUGUCCUCACGGUACAGGCCAAUGAAGCUCUGGCAAAAGACCCCAGGAUGGUUGUGCGACAGGCGAUGAGGUCCUAAUCCACGUUCUUGGGAUGUCAGGCAUGUGCCACCCACUUUUGAGAACAUGGCAAGGAGAGCUGUCCCUUGUGGGAAACAAACUGUCCACCGCCUGCUGUGCUUAUGGUCCGCCAUAACCACGUAAACAACCGACUGGGCAGGUGUGCUAUAGUGAGGAUCCCCACUUCCCUAAGAUCCAGUGGCCGUCCCCAGAGCUGUGUCCCAGCUGCCAUGGGGUUAAGAAGAGUGGAGAACACACCUGGAACCAGGAAGAGCUGCUCACCUUUCUCCGCUCCCACUUCUCCUCUGAACACCUCCUUUCUGACUACCUGGAGGAGAGGCCCAGCUCAUCAGCAGGCAGAAGGAGAGCUUGGUCGCCAGGCAGCAGGAGAAGGACCAGGAGGCUAAGAGAGGAGCAAGAGGGAGGGCCAGUGAGGCCUUGGCUGAACCCCUCCAGGCCAGGAGGAGGAGGAGGAGGAAGAAGAGGAUGAGAGGAAGGGGCUCAAGAAGAGCCAGCAGCAGAAGAGGAGGUAGAGCAGAGGGCAAGAGGAGAGGCGCAGGGGGGUAAACCUCUGAACCCCCCCCCUGGGUAAAGCCUGAGGCAGAGUGUCCCGCCAGGCCCCAGCGCAGGCCCAGCAUCGUGGGGUUGAAGCUCAGGCCCCCCCAGGAGGAGAUUGUGGACCUGGACUCCUUCGUCAACCAGCACUACAAGGCUAAGGCCCUCCGCGCUGCAGCCGCAGGGUCCUCCCCGCGUCAAACGCAGGACCCUGCAGAGAAGGAAGAGCCGCAGCCUGGAGCCAGUCUGGAAAUGGGCCAGGGCUGGGGCUGGGCUGCAGCCCGUAGAGCCGGAAAGGGCUUGUUGGGGCAGCGCAACACUCUGUGGAAGAGGAUCCUGACGGGCCAGUAUACUGGGUCAGAGGAGGAGGGGGCUCUGGAGAUGUACGCUCAUUCAACAAGAGGCGCUGGAUGUCCUUCCUGAGCGUGGGCUUCUCCAGACUGGAUAUCAGCCUGUGUGUGCUCCUCUACUUCCUGUCCUCCAUGUGUCUGCUGGCCAUGUAUCUCUUCUUCAAGAACCGCCUGCGGCUUGCGCCGGGCCAAGGUGGCUCUGCCCUGAGUCAACUCUGCCUUGCUGUGCUACUGUAG